AUGAAAAACCGUAGAAGGCUGUUAGAUUCCGCUGUACCAUCUCUAUACUUGCCAAUUUUGGGACCCGGCCCUACCAUAGAUGCAAGUGCAGCUAAAAAUAGCGAAAUUCCUGUGGCCGGCACAUCGUCUGAAGAAGUGAUUGCUGGUUCACCGCUGAAAGACACAAAAGACUUGCCAACAGCUAAAACUCAGAGCGAUUGCUUAGACACGCCUACAAAACAAAAUAGGAAGUGUUCGCCUAUAGAUGUUACGCCAUCUGCUUAUGGCACUUUAGUCAACAAACGUCUUUGUAGAAGAAUCAUCGAAUUAACCAACGCAGUGAAGACAAAAAAUAAAAAAAUUAAAAAGUUAAGCGAUGCCAACAGAAGAUUAAAAAGAAAAUUUGAUUCUUUGAAGUCAUUAUUGGUAGAAUCAGAAAAUAAUACGGAGUAA